AUGGCGCGGUGACGGGUGCGGGAGCCCCGGGCCGGGCGCCCCGCGGGGCUGCAUCGUGACUGGAGCGAGCCCGUCAGCACCGGCACCACCAUCAUGGCUGUGGAGUUCGAUGGAGGCGUCAUCAUCGGGGCCGACUCCCGCACCACCACCGGGUCCUACGUGGCCAACCGUGUGACGGACAAGCUGACCCCGGUCCACGACCGCAUCUUCUGCUGCCGCUCGGGCUCGGCGGCUGACACGCAGGCGGUGGCCGACGCCGUGGCCUACCAGCUGGCCUUCCACAGCGUGGAGCUGGAGGAGCCGCCGUUGGUGCGCAAACGGCCCGCGCGCUGUUCCAGCAGAGGCUGCUACGCCCACCGCGAGGAGCUCAGCGCCGCAAAUCAUCGUGGCGUGGACCCCGCGCGGGGUGGACAGGUGUAUGUGGUGCCGCUGGGGGGGCUUCUCCUGCGCCAGCCCUUCGCCGUGGGGGGCUCGGGCAGCUCCUAUAUCUACGGAUACCUGGAUGCCACAUUCCAGCCUGGGAUGAGCCAGCUCCAGUGCCAGGAGUUCGUCGCCCGUGCACUGGCCUUGGCGAUGGUGCGGGACGGCUCCAGCGGGGGUGUGAUCCGGCUGGCGGCCAUCACCGAGGAGGGGGUGGAACGGACCGUCCUGGCUGGCCCCGACCUGCCCUGGGGUGACGGUGGCCCCCCUGCCUGAGAGAGGGGCCCCCCCGGGACCCCUGAACGAGGUGGGGGAGGACAAAA